AUGGUUGUUUUGAACUAUCGGUUGCCAAAUAUUUAGUUGAUACUGAAAAUAGUGUAAAUGUUGUCUUUGUCUUGAUAAAACAAUGUUUAUCGCCUUACAUAGAUGAAUUAUUACUAUCCAUGCCAGUAGAUAAUAUGAAGGACUUGAAAAUAUCCAGCCGAAUAUUCAGCAGUAUACUUUCUCUAUUGGAUGGGUACACAGAUGCGAAUAUGCCUGCAUUAGAUUAUCUGUCUUCAAAUGAAAACAAAAUUUUGUGUCAGGAAGAAGAAUACGAGUCGGUAGUGGAAACGUUCUUGACAGUCGUUCAACGUAGACAUUUUCUUACUGACGUUGCAAAUUACUUUUAUUGUUUAGGAAAGCGAAGAGAUCGCAGUGAUCAAAAUUCUCUGAUAAUUCUAAUUCACCUUACCGUCAGUGUAUUGGAUAGUAACAAUAAGGAUGGCAUGAUAAGUAUUUUGCAAAUGGAAACAUUAAAGAAAGCUUUGAACUUUUUGAAGUUUUUCAAUAGAAGAUCGAUUGAAGAAGAUCUAUUUUUAGCUGGAUGUCAGUACUUCGAAGAAAAUUACGUCCUUCAAAACAUAAUCUUAAAUAUGAGAGAAAACAAAAUCUUACUGAAGGAGAUGUUGGCCGAUUUUGAACAAAAAUUGGAGUCAACAAAAGAAGAGACCCACCGUAAACUCACUAUUCCCGUGUCCCCCCGCUUGAAUUUCAAUUACCGUUCCCCACCACCUCCUUGUAACACUCCAUUGGAAAGGAAACUACAAUCUCCUAGGUCUGUGCCACCAUCUACAUACUUCAGCCCAAAAAUAAAAAAUGUUCUUAAGUCUCUGCAGGAGAGGAAUAGAGAACAGAGCUUACAAACACUCAGUUUUGCCAAUGAAUCAUUUUCAAAACUUUCAGACUCAGUUAAAAAUGUCCAGCACCAUUCUUGCUCAUGUGACAAGACGGAACCAGUGGCUCCACUAAGGAGAGUUAUUAAAAUUGAUCUUAAAAAAGACGUUCCCAUAAGGAAAAAUGCAGCAACUAUUCUACGAGAGGCAUCUAGAGUCAUGAAAGAAGAAGAAAGAGAAAUACAAAGGGUGAAUGAUCUAAUGAGUGGAGCGGCAAACUACAUGAAGUACGAGGAACUGAUGGAGCAGAUCAGGGCUAGCGAACAGCAAGCUCAACUAGAGGAACUGGAGAAGAAACAUCUCCAGGGUCAGCUGACAAGAGAAGAGGCCAUCCUGGCCAGACAGGCUCUACUGGAGGCAAACAAAGCUCGGAAAGCUCAAUUUGAUUUGGAGAAAAAAGAAACUGAAGAGUUCCUUAAAGAGAUGAGGAGAAAUCACGAGGAAAAGAUGAAAGAAAUGAUAGAGAAGACACAACAAAUACAAAAAAAUAUAUCAGAGAAAAAGAAGAAUAUAAUAAAUGAAAAACAAAAAAUAGCACAAGAAGUAACAGAAACGAGCAGGCAGCUCUAUGAAGCUGCAAUUCUAAAGCACAAAGAGGAGUUGGAGAAACGAAUUGAAAUUAUAAAGGAAAUAAAGGCUUUGGCAAGUUUGAAAGAUCUUCAGGAAAAUAAAUUUGACCCAACAGAAACAAUGAACAUUGGACUCCUGUGUGAGAUGUCCUUAACAGAGCUGUAUGAAAGACUUCAAAUAAACAGAGCCAGUCUAGAAGAGGAAAUAAAAAAUCGACAAAUGUGUAUAAGAAAACAAAGACGCAAACAACAACAGUUCUUGAUUGAGACUGAACAAUUCAUUGAAUCUUGUCGCCAACAGAAAAAAUUAAUCAACAACAUGGUGGCAGAGAAACAAAAACCAAACAAAGCAAAAGAAGAAAGUCCAGAAAUAAUAGAAUUACGAGAAAAAUUGCAAAAUGCUAGACUAAAAAGAUUGGAGUUACAAAAAAAUAAAUGUUAAACAAAGAGUUGUAUUGUUAUUUUAUAUUUAAU